AUAUUUCUACUGUACUGUAUCCCUGGCAGGACUUUCACGCGUACAGCGCUGGGUUUAGUGCCGCAGUUCGAGGGGACUGUAGCGCAGCUAGGGAUACGGCGUUAUAUUGAAACGGAUUUACACACCCCCAUCCUCAGAAGUCGACACAGAGAAUCAUUUAGCAAGAGGAACAGUUUGUCCGGCAAUGAGGUGGUUUCCUGGAAACAUGAUCACAUGGUGGCCUUGAUCUUACGACUGUGUUAGAAGACAUCUCUGAUAAUGUCUAGCUCAGGCUACCCUCCAAGUCAGGGAGCGUUCAGCACAGAACAGAGCCGCUACCCUCCCCACUCAGUCCAGUACACCUUCACCACCUCCCGGCACCAACAGGACUUUGCAGUUCCAGAUUACCGCCCUCAUCUGCAGGAAGUUAGCAACGCUUCCCAGCUUCUCCAGCAGCAGCAGCAGCUUCGGAGAAGACCCUCGCUGCUCUCAGAGUUCCACCCUGGCACCGACAGACCCCCUGAAAGGAGACAUGGCUAUGAGCAACAGUUCCAUGCGGUGUCCUCACAGUCUGACCAUGAAGCUCUGGAGUCAAAGCGCCCGCGAAUCGAGCAGGUUUCAGAGGCUCAUUUCCAGCGGGCCUCUGCUGCUGGGGUCCUGCCCCUGGCGCAAACUCUGUCAGACGGGCUAAGGACUGCCAGCGAUGUGAAAAAGGAGGCUUUAUUUGCAUUGAAAGCAGAGACGCCCUCCUCCCCAGGAAUCCAGCCGAUAGAUGAACCAGAUGCCUCUCCAUCAAAACUGUCCAAGGAGGAGCUGAUUCAGAGCAUGGACCGUGUGGACAGAGAGAUCGCCAAGGUGGAGCAGCAGAUCUUCAAACUCAAGAAGAAGCAGCAACAACUAGAAGAGGAAGCAGCUAAACCUCCUGAGCCCGAGAAGCCCGUCUCUCCGCCUCCGGUGGAGCAGAAGCACCGCAGCAUUGUUCAGAUUAUCUAUGAUGAGAACCGGAAAAAAGCAGAAGAAGCUCAUAAGAUAUUUGAAGGCCUGGGACCAAAAGUUGAGCUGCCCCUCUAUAAUCAGCCAUCAGAUACCAAGGUAUACCAUGACAACAUUAAAACGAACCAAGUGAUGCGAAAGAAGCUUAUUCUGUUCUUUAAAAGGAGGAAUCAUGCUCGGAAACAAAGGGAGCAGAACAUCUGCCAGCGCUACGACCAGCUCAUGGAUGCGUGGGAGAAGAAACUGGAGCGGAUUGAGAACAACCCCCGGAGGAAAGCCAAGGAGAGCAGGACCAGGGAGUACUACGAGAGGCAGUUCCCUGAAAUCAGAAAACAGCGCGAACAGCAGGAACGAUUUCAAAGGGUUGGCCAGAGAGGCACUGGGCUUUCUGCAACUAUCGCUAGAAGUGAGCACGAGAUUUCAGAAAUCAUCGAUGGACUGUCUGAGCAGGAGAACAAUGAGAAGCAGAUGCGUCAGCUCUCUGUGAUCCCCCCAAUGAUGUACGAUUCUGAGCAGAGACGAGUCCGGUUCAUCAACAUGAACGGACUGAUGGAGGAUCCCAUGAAGGUUUACAAGGCACGCCACUUUAUGAACGUCUGGACGGAUCACGAGAAGGAGAUCUUUAAAGAAAAGUUUGUGCAACAUCCAAAGAACUUCAGCCUCAUUGCUUCUUAUUUAGAGAGAAAGAACGUAGCAGACUGUGUUUUAUAUUACUACUUAACAAAGAAGAAUGAGAAUUAUAAGACCCUGGUAAGGCGUAACUAUGGACGACGUAGAGGAAGGAACCACCAGCAACAAAUUACACGUCCUUCGCAAGAAGAAAAAGCAGAAGAAAAAACAGAGGAGGACAAAUCCGAAAAAGUCGAGAAGAGAGAGGAAGAGGAGAAAAGGGAAGAGGAGGAGAACGAUGAUAAAGAGGAAUCAAAGGAUCUCACUCUCUCACUCUCUCACUCACUCGCUCUCAGGGACAUCAACAAAGACAAAGACAAGUCAGACGGCGCCGGAGAGGAAGAGGAGGGGAAGGAGCAGGCCACGCCGCGAGGAAGGAAGACCGCCAACAGCCAGGGCCGUCGCAAAGGCAGGAUCACUCGAUCGAUGGCCAGUGAGGCAGCUGCAGUGGCCUCAGAGGAGCCCCCCCCUCCCCCACCCCCUCCCGCCCCAGAGCCUGUGCUGCAAGAAAUUAAAAGCAACAUGUUUCAAGCACCCAAAACUGAGCCAGUGCAGAAGUGUACCCGGGAUCAACCCAAGGCUCCACUGGUAGCCAUGGAAAUGCAGGCACACAGAGCUUCUGCAGAGCCUGUGGAGACCUCCCGCUGGACAGAGGAAGAAAUGGAAGUGGCCAAGAAAGGAUUGGUGGAGCAUGGGCGCAACUGGGGAUCCAUUGCCAAGAUGGUGGGCACCAAAAGCGAGGCCCAGUGCAAGAACUUCUACUUCAACUACAAGAGGCGACACAACCUGGACAACCUGCUGCAGCAGCACAAGCAAGGCUCCAGGAGGUCCCGGGAGGAUCGUGACGUGUCUCAGUGUGAAAGCAUGGCCUCCACAGUGUCUGCGCCGGAGGAUGAUGAGAAUGAUGGCUCCAAUGAGGAAGAGAACCCAGAAGACAGUGAAGGUGCUGAGAACAGUUCCGACACGGAGAGCGCUCCGUCCCCUUCCCAAAUGGAGACCAGCAAGACAGGCGAGGGGACGACGCAGAGCUCCAGCAACAAUCUCCCCAACAGCGAGGCCCCCCCUGAACAGGACUCUGCCUCCAAAAGCACCCCCUCCUCGCCCUUGACGACUGCAGCCUCUAAACCCAACGAGAGCCAGUACUGUGAGCUGCAAGUGAAGGAGGAGACCAGCCCAGAGGCAGCCGAGUGCUCAGGGCAGGACAGGGGGGCCCAACCCCCCUACGAACCCCAAGUGCAGACCAAAGCAGAGCCCAUCGAUGUGGACAUGAAGCCCACUGCUGACGUCCAGGUGAAAGUGGAGGCUGAUACCAAAGACAAGGACUUGGAGAAGCACUGGGAGAAGGGAGAGCUGGAGGAGAUGGGGCUCAACCUGUCCCAGCGAGGGCAGAGGCGCCAGUCCCACUCGGACAACGAUUCCAGCGCCACCUGCAGUGCGGAUGAGGAUGUGGACGGGGAGCCAGACAGGCAGAGGAUUUUCAGUCUAGACAAGCCGUCCUUGCUCAACCCCGCCGGGUCAGUGCUGGUGAAACAAGGACACAUGGACAUGCAGCAGCUGCAGCAGCGGGCAGCCAUGAUUCCCCCCAUGGUCAGUCAUUAUACUGGUCCCCAGUUUCAUAUCAGAUUUGCAAAAUCGGAGAAAAGUGGAAGCAGUCAGCAGGGUGAAAAUAUCAUGUCUUAUUUAGACCAACCAUCUAACCACGUGUCGAGCACCUACGGCUCUGCCAACGUCCAGGCUGGGAACCCGAUGAGUGGCCUGGCCUUGUUCCAGCGCCACAUCAAGGCAGUGCUGGAGUCGUCCCAGCAAGAGGAGCGGCAGAGACAUGAGCAGGAGCCCCAGGACAGGCACAGGGCCAGCAGCCCGCGAGUCGGUACCAAGAGCCCCAGCAUCGUGGACCGGGAGGGUAAACCCUUUGCCUAUAUGCCUUAUGAGAUGAAGCUCUCAAUGGAGCAGGAAUCCCAGGUCCUCAGUAACUCAGCCAGGUCUGCGUCCCCUUACAGGAGCAGGGCCUCCCCUCAGCCUGACGUCAAUGCCCCUCGUUACAGCGUGCCACCAGGUAACUACCUCCGGCACAGGUACCCCCUACCCCACGAUGUCCGAGCCAUUGACACCUCCUCCUUCCCUCAACACACAGUUCUGCAGCCUGCUCCAAAUCACGUUCUUCAGAAUCUCUCAGAUGGUGCACGAGUGCCGUUUUCCAGACACGUGAGGCCUCCCAACAUUCCUUCCCCUCCUCCACUAAUACCAUCCUCCAAAUCUUCCGACAAGCCGUCCUUUAUCAUGGGAGGAUCCAUUUCACAGGGCACUCCUGGAACGUAUUUACCUUCUCACAGCCAAAGCGCUUAUUGUCAAGAGACAGCCAAAAGCUCUGUGGGCUCCAUAUCGCUGGGACUACCCAGACAGCAACAAGACUCGGCAAAGACAAUACCUUCGAUGCCAUACAUUAAGCAGGAAGAGUUUUCUCCCAGAGGUCAGAGUGCACAACCAGAAGGCCUGCUGUCCAGGGCGCAGUAUGAAGGAGUGGUGAGAGGUAAUCCAGUGUCUACCAUCCAGGAAGGAAGCAUCACACGAGGGGCUCCCAAGGUUGCAGACCUCCCAUUCCGGGGCUCAAUUACUCAGGGUACUCCAGCUCUUUCCCACUCAGGCACUCCCUCUGAUGUGCUUCUGAAAGGCACCAUCUCCAAACGGGCUACUGAGGACAUCAGCAGCCCAGAAAAGGCCAGAGAGGAUGCUCUUUCCAAAGGACAUGUUAUCUAUGAAGGCAAGAGUGGGCACAUCGUAUCUUACGACACUAUUAAGAAUGCAAGAGAAGGCACAAGGAGCCCAAGAACAGGCCCGGAAUUCAUUGGGGUGAAGCGUUCCUAUGAUAUGAUGGAGGGAGGAUUACCCAGAGGCCACGCAGUAAGGGAAUCCUCUGUCUCUGCACCUUACGAAGGUUUGAUCAGCCGAGCGCUGCCAAGAGACAGCCCACACGCACCAGAGUCAAAAGAGAGGACAGUCCUCACUGGAUCUAUAAUGCAAGGUACUCCAAGGGCAUCAGUUGAAGCUUUUGACGAAGGACACAAAUACGGCAAACAGAUUAAACGGGAGAGCCCUCCCAUCUCCAAGGGCCAAGGAGUGACCACCAUCAAAGAGAUGGGCCGCUCCAUCCAUGAGAUCCCCAGGCAGGACCUGUUGGGCCAGGAUAACCGCAAGACCCCCGAUGGCGUACAGAACACAAGGCCAGUCAUAGAGGGAUCCAUCUCCCAGGGUACACCAAUCAAGUACGAAAGCAGCGGAGUGAGCCAGCCGGCCAUCAAACACAAUGUGAAGUCCUUCAUUAUCGGACCCAGCAAGCUGGGCCACAGCAUGCCUCAACUGGAGAUGAUGUCUGAGGGGAUGAAGGUGGUGGAGAGGGGGAAGUAUGAAGACAUGAAGACGUCGGACCCCGUGCGAGCGCGCUCCGGCCCCUCUGUCCUCCGCUCCACCCUGCAUGAAGCCCCCAAGUCCCAGCUCAGCCCCGGCAUGUACGAAGACUCCAGCACCCGGAGGACUCCUGUCAGCUACAGCUCCAUUUCCAGGGGCUCGCCCAUGAUGGGCAGACAGCAAGAAGGUGGAAUCCCGUCUGGGAAGCAGACAAGCCACGAGCGGAAGAGCACUCUGACCCCGACGCAGCGGGAGAGUGUCCCUGCCCACUCCCCUGUGUCUGGAGGAGAGCCCGGGCCCCCGCACAGCCCCUUCGACCCUCACCACAGGGGGGGCGUGCCAGGAGAGGUGUACCGAGCCCACCUCCCGCACCACCUCGACCCCACCAUCGCAUUCCACAGGGCGCUCGACCCAGCAGCAUACCUGUUCCCAAGGCAGCCCUCCCCAUCAGGCUAUCACAACACAUAUCAGCUGUACGCUAUGGAGAACACGAGGCAGACCAUCCUCAACGAUUACAUCACCUCCCAGCAGAUGCAGGUUAUCCCACGGCCCGAUGUUGCUAGGGGACUGUCGCCACGGGAGCAGCAGAUCUCUCUUCCCUAUGCACCUGGAACAAGAGGCAUUAUUGAUCUAGCCCAGAUGCCUCCUACUAUCAUGUUGCCUCACCCAGGGGGUACAAGCACUCCCCCCAUGGACCGCAUCAGCUACAUCCCUGGAGCGCAGUCCCCCUUCCCCCCAAGGGGUUACAACCCAGCCUCCAUCUCUCCAGGACACCCCGCCCAUCUCGCUGUGUCCGCGGCCAGCGUGGAACGAGAGCGGGAGCGCGAGCGAGAACGCGAGAGGGAGCAGAGGGAGAGGGAGAAGGAGAGAGAGCAACGUGAGAGGGAGCAGAGAGAGAGAGAGAGGGAGCAGAGAGAGCAUCGAGAGCAGAGGGAUCGGGAGAGGAUGGUAGCUGUGGCCACUGCGGCUUCAAAUGAAAUGGCUUACAUGCGGGCAGGCCCUGAGCAGCCUGGCAGGCCUAGUAGCCAUGGGUACGUGCGUUCCCCCUCCCCCUCUGUGAGGUCACAGGAGAGCAUGGUGCAACAGAGACCCAGUAUAUUCCAGGGAACAAAUGGCAAGAGUGUCAUUACCCCACUGGACCCUUCACGUAUCAUUGCUCCCUCCUCCCAAGCCCAGGGCUUGCCCACCUCCCGGUACAGCACUGCGGCCGACGCCCUGGCUGCCCUGGUGGACGCUGCUGCUUCAGCCCCUCAGAUGGAUGUGGCCAAAGCCAAAGAGGGCAAACAGGAUUCGGGCCGCAUUGAUGAGCUGGCAUCCCGACGGGCAGCAAUGUUGAGUGAACAACAGCAGCAGCAGGAGCAGCAUCUCCGCCAACAGCAGCAGCUCCAUCAUCAUCACCACCAACAGCAGCUCCAGCAACAGCAGCAACUGCAACACCAGCUCCAGCAGCAACAUCAACAGCAGCAACUUCAACUUCAGCAGCAACUUCAGCAGCAGCAGCAGCAAGCUAUGGAAGCUGAUCGCCGCUCCAUGCAGUCCCCUUACGCCCCUGUCUCUCUGCCCGGAGGGAAGCCCCCUGGCCCCUCAUCCUCCUCAUCUUCUUCCUCUUACGGGGAGAGCAGUAAAGACAAGGACCCCCCCACAAAGUCCCGAAUCGAAGAGGAGCUGAGGACCCGAGGAAAGACCACCAUCACGGCGGCCAACUUCAUCGACGUCAUCAUCACUCGCAAGAUCACCUCGGACAAAGACAACCGGGAGAGGGGCUCCCAGAGCUCAGACUCUUCCAGCAGCUUGUCCUCAAAUCGCUAUGAAGGGCAGGGUGGAGAUGCUGUUGAUGUCAUCAGUCCAGCCAGCUCUCCAGCACAGGCACAGGAGAAACCAGAGACAUCCUUACAACAAGAUGUGCCUAACUCAGCUCAGGCAGAAAGUGAGCAGCGUUCUUUUGAGUCUCAGAUGAGCCGGUACCGCGCCCAGCAGGAAUCGCCCUCCCCUCCACAACCCCCUGCAUCUCAGACAGAGAUAUACGGCCAGGUCCCCAAAACACACAGGCUCAUCACCUUGGCAGACCAUAUCUGUCAUAUUAUCACCCAGGACUUUGCCCGAAGUCAGUCCGCAAGCCAGGCAGCUCCACAGACCUCCUCUGCAGCUACAUUCCAGAAUGCAGCCCCUGCGGCCUCCGCGGCCCCUGCUUCGACCUCCAGGGGGAAGGUGCCAAGCCGCUACAACCCUGAGAACCAGGGCCAGUCAUCACAAGCACAGCCAGCCCACCACCAGAGACCCUCGUCCAGGGUCUCCUCAGAGAAUGCCUCUGACAUAGCCAGGGGAAGGCCUGGCAAGUCACCUGAUCGCGGGCACAUGGAGUCUUAUGAACCCGUUUCACCCCCACAGUCCUUCUCAGCCAUGGAGAAACAGGAGGCCCUGCUGCAACAAGCACAGAGACGAGAUGCAGAGAACGCAGAGCCCAGGACUGAUUCUCGCUCCCCUGGCAGUGUAAGCUACCUUCCCUCGUUUUUUACCAAACUUGAAAACACCUCCCCAAUGGUGAAAUCUAAAAAGCAGGAGAUAUUUCGUAAGUUGAACUCCUCUGGUGGCGGUGAUUCUGACAUGGGAAGUGCCCAGCCUGGAACUGAAAUAUUUAAUCUACCAGCUGUAACCACCUCAGGCAGCGUCAGCUCUAGGGGUCAUUCCUUUGCAGAUCCAGCCAGCAAUCUGGGUCUGGAAGACAUCAUCCGGAAAGCUCUGAUGGGCAACUUCGACGACAAGCAGGAGGAGCACCCGCCUAGCUCCACUGCAGCGAUGAACGAGGCCCGACGAGAGGAGGCCAACCCCUCACCCAACCCCGGUGUGGGUAAGCAGAAAUUAGUUGGGAAAGCAAACAGCAGAAAGUCGAAGUCGCCUAAUCCUGGGCAGGCUUAUGCUGAAAGGCCUUCUUCCGUGUCCUCGGUCCAUUCAGAGGGAGACUAUCACAGGCAGACCCCUGCCUGGGCUUGGGAGGAUAGACCUUCUUCCACAGGUUCCACUCAGUUCUACAACCCCUUGACCAUGCGGAUGCUGAGCAACACCCCUCCCACCUCAAUGGCCUGCGCUCCCCCCAGCAUACAGGCCCAGCCAGCCUCUCUCCAACAGAGCCUGCAGCAGAAUCGCAUGUGGGACCGCGAGCCAGCGCCUCUCCUCUCCGCACAGUACGAGACCCUGUCUGACAGCGAUGACUGAGCCGCUGGGAAAGCAUCAGGAAACACCCCUUGGAGGCAGGGAGGGAGGCGCUGUGACCAGGCCUGAGGAUGGGAAAGCAAGGGAGAUGACAGGACACAGAUUGAGCCAAACGGGAGCUCUUCAGCUCAAACUUGAGGGAGAUCGGAAGCCAGUGGAAAGAACUGUUAUAGAAAAUGAAUGUAAAGGAAGAAAAAAAAAAAAAGACUUGUUCCAGUUCUGUUUGUAAAGAAAACAUUAAUGUCUUUAAAACAUUGUAUGUAAAUAGAGAGUACUUUUUUUUGCAGUGUGUGUUUUUUUGUUUUUUUUUGUUAUGGAAAUCGGUGCAUUCAACAAGGGGUUUCGGCACCCCAAAAGAGUACUUAAAAGACUUUGGCACGAAUCACAUUUCAAGAAGCCCCCGAGGACUCUUCAUGUGGAUAUUACAGGCCAUUCCAGCGCCACCUACUUGCCAAAAAGUAAAUCACAAUUCAUAUUGCAACUUCAUUGUAAAUUUGAAAUGCAGUUUCAUUGUAAAUUUGAAAUGCAGUUUAAAUUAUUUAGCAACACUGUGGAAAUAAUAAUGCAUGGGUAUAUUAUGUUUCUUUUUUUAUUAGAAAAAAGGAAAGGCUUGCCACAUUGUUCUGCACACUGGGCAUGAACUGUCCAAAGUGAAGAUUUAUGAGCUGAGUAAUUAUUAUUUGAAUUAGUUUUCAUUUAAGAAGCUGUCUCAUCCCCCUAGCCUAUACAUCUGUACAUUGAAACAGAAUGUAAUCGUGAACACAGCGGACAACAUUUGAGAACUGAAGCUCUGGGUGCUUGUUUAAAAUUUCACUCCUGUGUUUUCUGAUCAAGCUCAAUAUAAAGCUUUGGCUUGUCCAUGUGGGCUAUUUUUGAAGUACCAAAGUAAGAGAAGCUGAUGGAAGGGUCGAAUGUUGUUUUGGGUGGAUAGAUGUAUUCGAUAUUGUACAGCAGAUGAUUCUUGUCUAAAUAUUUCUGUAUAAUUAUAUUAAACCGAUGCACCGUUGUUGCA